AUGNCCAUCGAAGAAGGUUACAGACUUCCAGCUCCCAUGGGCUGUCCAGCAUCUCUACACCAGCUGAUGCUCCAUUGCUGGCAGAAGGAGAGAAAUCACAGACCAAAAUUUACUGACAUUGUUGGCUUCCUUGACAAACUGAUCCGCAAUCCCAGUGCCCUUCACACCCUGGUGGAGGACAUCCUUGUAAUGCCAGAGUCCCCUGGUGAAGUUCCCGAAUAUCCUUUGUUUGUCACAGUCGGUGACUGGCUGGAUUCUAUAAAGAUGGGGCAAUAUAAGAAUAACUUCAUGGCAGCAGGGUUUACAACUUUUGACCUGAUUUCAAGAAUGAGCAUCGAUGAUAUCAGAAGGAUUGGAGUCAUACUCAUUGGACACCAGAGACGAAUAGUCAGCAGUAUACAGACUUUACGUUUACACAUGAUGCACAUACAGGAGAAAGGAUUUCAUGUAUGAAAGUACCACAAGCACCUGUCUUUUGUGCCUCAGCAUUUCUAAAAUGAAAGAUACUCUCUCUACUACCCUCUCUUCUGAUUCUCCAAACAUCAUUUCACAAUCUGCAGUCUUCUGUUCAGACUAUGGGCACACACCUUAUGUUUAUGCUUCCAACCUGGCUUUUAAAAUCAUGCCACAUAAGUCCUCUCUAAAUAGCCUGCAAAUAAAUCCCUGGCCCACUGCAGAUUAUCACUACACAAUGGUAAAUAACUCGGCAUGGAUGUGUAACUUUGUACAGCAGCAUCUGGGAAGUGGUCACUGACAACCUGAAGGAAUUUGUCCACAUGCGACUUCCUUAAUGAUGUAUUUAGAGCUUGAUGGUGGAUUAGAAAGAAAUAGUUGACUUUUCUUUCAUGUUUUGUAAUCAAGUAGCUUCCAAAUUGACAUAUUUAUUUUUUAGAUAAUUAUAUUCAACUAUAUGGGUUGUAUUGUUACUUUAUUUUUAAUAGUUUAAUUGCUGGUGUCUGAUGUGGUUAGAAUUAUUUGCAGAAAUGACCAAUGAUUCCAUGUAGCGACUGUGGUGAGAAGGUGGUCAUCAGGGGGGAGAGGGAGAAAAAUACUGCGCUUUUAAAUCUUCUAUGGCUGAAUUUGUCUAUUUUUUUAAAUUAACUUUAUAGUGCCCUACAUAUCUCAUUGUAGGUCGUAAUUUAGAUGGUUUUCCCCCAUAAUAUUAAACUGACAUAAAAUAUUUCUCUACUACCUUAUGAUGAUCACCCCUGGAGAGUAGUAUUGCUCUAAUGGAUUUCAUAGAGUGAAGCAUGGGAUAAACCCAUGACUAUUACUUUGGUUCAUCUUCACAAGUUUGCAAAAGUAAUUAUCAAGGCACUAAAAAAGUUACUUGUUCUCAGUAGAAUUUCUUUGAAUGAAAUAGCUAAGAUUAUAGCCUUAGGUUUAAUGUAAAAUGAUUAAUUAAUUUAAUUUAAACAAAGUGUUAUGAUACCUAUAUGGUGGCCCAAGAAAAUAAAUACAUCUAGCUGACUGUCUGAUAUUGAUAUAUUUUACAAGUUUAAGAAUUCUUAUGUUUUAUUUGCAAAAACAUGCUGAGCUGUUUUCCAAAGCUUCUAAGAAGUAAGUAUGAAUACUCCAAAGAGGAUAUAGACAGAUCUUACAAUAUAUGUGCAUUGUAUAUAUAUAGUGUAUCAACCUGAGUCCAUAAUACAGUUACACAAAAAUGUGAACACAACUAAGGUGUGUUGUUGUCAUAAUCUUCUCAGAGGCUGCAAAAAAACAAGCUAAAUGUAUUUUUCAGUAAACUAAGCUGAGCUGGCUUAUCAAAAUAGUGCUAUAUUAUGAACAAAUUCAAUAAAAAAUGAAUUUAAAAAUCA